AUGGCCUCCUCGACGUCGACCGCGGAGGCCCUCGUCGCCAAUGGUGCCGCUCCCCCGCGAGUCGGCCCCCAUCCCGGCUUCAUCUCGAGCUCCAACCAGUACAGCUCCGAGAUCAAGCUGCGACGCAUGCUCAAGGACAACGGCUGCGACCCCGCGCGGGAGGAUAACUACUGCCUGCAGGGCGUCCAGCUCAUUGAAAACGUCAGGGAUCAUCUCCAGCUGCCCGUACGGACCUUUGACACCGCCUGCACCUACUUUCACAAGUUUCGCCUCAACUUUCGCGAUGCCGAAUACAACUACCAAGACGCCGCUCUCGCCUCCCUCUUCGUCGCCUGCAAGGUCGACGAUACCAUCAAAAAGUCGAGAGACAUACUCGCAGCCGCCUACAACAUCAAGAACCCCGACAAGCCGCUGCCCCCGGAUGACAAGAUCUUUGAGUCACCCGGAAAAGUCAUCAUCGGUCUCGAGCGGCUCAUCCUCGAGACCAUCGGCUUCGACUUUCGCACCCGCUAUCCACAGAAGCUCCUCGUCAAGGUCGUCCGUCGUCUGCUUGGCCGGUCCUCUGCCCAAGCCCGCGCCUUCUUCGCCGCCGCCUACGCCAUGUGCAUCGACAUGUACAAGAGCUUCAUACCCAUCAAGCGCACCACCUUCACCAUGGUCAUGGCCGUCGUCGAGCUGACGGCCCGCAUGCGCGCUUCCAUGCCCGAUACCCCGCCCGACCUUGUCGACAGCAUUCGUCGGUUCGCCGACGGUCACGCCGCCGGCUGCCGCCACGCCAUCUGCGAGACCAUGCUCGAUCUGCUCGAUCUCUACGUCCAGCACCACCGCUCCACCAAGGUCGGCGCCCUCUUCGACCUCAACUCUUUCAUCGACAUCAAGAUACAGCUCAACAUGGAACUCGACGACGCCGCGGCGCCCCGUUACCUCUUUCACUGCUCGCGCUGCGAGGUCGCCGAGGCCAACCCGCUGACGCCCAUCUCCGCCACCCCACCGGCGGCCGCGGCGGGGAGCAGCCCGGGGCGCGGAACGGCGUGGCCGCCCGACGCGACGGUACGGCGCACCGCCCGCGGCCAGGACGGCACCAUGCGCUUCGUCUUCGAACCCGAAUCGGCCAAGAAGGAGCAGGAGACGGUCGGCUCCUAUUUCCGCGAGGAAUUUGACGAGGUCGAGGUCGAGGUCGAGGAGCCGAUGCCCCCGCCCCUGGAAAGGGACGGCGCGGGCAACGGUGGCGGCGGCGGCGUCGGCGGCGGCGGGAGAGGAGGGUACCGCGGGAGCCACAGAGAGAGGGGGGACCAUAGGUGGUCGGGACCGUAUGGCGGUUACCGAGGGGACAGGAGUUACCGAGGGAGAGGGAGAUAUCACUGA